AUGGCCGAUGAGCAGACUUUACGUCAAUUGGCAACCCAAGACAUUGCUCAAACUCCAAUUUGUAUCAAGUAUCCGAUAGGUAAUCAAAACUUUGUUCUUAAGACUGGCUUCGUCCAUCUCUUACCCACAUAUCACGAGUUAGAGAACAAGGACCCUAAUAAGCAUUUAAAGCAAUUCCAUAUUGUUUGCUUGAGCAUGAAACCUGCCGAGGUUACGGAGGACCUUAUAAAAGUAAAGGCUUUUCCUUUUUCUUUAAAGGAGCGGGCUACUGAUUGGUUAUACUCGUUACCUCCUGAUUCGGUAACGACGUGGAACCAAAUGGCGAGGCUAUUUCUAGCCAAAUUCUUUUCCGCCUCCCGUGUCACUAACCUCCGUAGAGAGAUUUGUAGCAUUAAGAUACGAGAUGUUGAAACUCUCCAUGAAUAUUGGGAGAGAUUCAAACAUCUCUGUGUGAGUUGUCCACAACAUGGAAUCUCGAAACAAUUGCUCUUGCAAUACUUUUAUGAAGGUCUCCUACCUAUGGAUAGGAAGAUGAUUGAUGCCGCCAGUGGUGGUGCCAUGUUCAAUAAGACCCCAACCGAGGUUAGAGCUCUAAUCACCACCACGGCCAAGAAUUCUCAACAAUUUAGUGUGAGGAGAGAGCCCGCAAAGGCCAAUGAGAUAAACGUCGCGAGCAUUGAGAGUCAUUUGUUUGAUCUCACUAACUUGGUCAAACAGCUUGUAGUUGAUAAAGAGCAGGUGAAAGCUUACGGCAUAUGCUUAGCGACGGGCCAUCCAAUCGAUGCGUGCCCACAACUUCAAGAGCAUGUGUUGGUGACGGCCGAAAACGUGAACGCUAUAGGAGGUUAUCAAGGUCAGCCACAACCACAACAACGAUUCUUCAACAACUAUUUUGGCAACCAAAGACCUCCUCAAUUUCAGAAUUUCGUGCAAAGGCCGCCACAACAACAAUUUCAGCAAAGAGCACCCUUCAAUCCGAAUCAAGCUACUUCUAGUAGCCCAGGUAUGUCCCUUGAAGACAUUGUCAAAAGUUUAGCUGCUAAUACUCUUCAAAUCCAACAGAAAACAGAGGCAAGCAUUCAAAAUUUGGGAGCUCAAAUGACACAGCUUGCCACUUCCGUGAGCCGGUUGCAAUCUCAAGGAAAGUUUCCUUCCCAAACGGAGACGAACCCGAAACAGAAUGUAAGUGCAAUUUUCUUGAGGAAUGGGAAGGAACUUGAAGAACCAAAGAUGGCAAAGAGUAGGGAAAUGGAGAAAGAGCAAGAAGUAAGCCCGAAACUGAUUCAACAUAAGAAACAAUCGGGAUCUACUGACGAUGUAAGUGAGAAGGCAAAGGUAAUUCCACCUCCCUUUCCUACGCGUUUUCAAAUGUCUAACAAAGCUAGAGAGGAAAAGGAAAUCCUAGAAACUUUUAGGAAGGUCGAAGUAAAUAUCCCUCUUUUUGAAAGAAUUGUGCACCAACAAAAGAAAACUUAG